UGAGCUAAAAACUCUUCCCCUGGCUGCCUGGCAGCCACCGGCCAUGGAAUCGCGUGCUGGGAACACCGCAGACCCUAGAGGGAGCAGAGGAGGCCGCCGCUUUCCCGUGCCUGGGGGCCCCAGUGCAAGACAGCUCCUGGCGCGGCUAAACGCGCGACCCCUGGCGGCCCGAGCUGCAGCCGACAUGUCAGCUCUGGUACGCAAAGCUGGCGCUACAUUGCGCCUGCGCUCCAAGGAGGCUGUUAGUGUUAUGGAUUCUGCAGACAUAGAAGUCACAGACAGCCGCUUGCCUCAUGCCACUCUUGUGGAACAUCAGCCCCAGCAUCGCCGGUCUGAGAUUCUGGGUACAUGUACUGGGCCACAUCCUGUAACCCAGAGUAAGGCAAGUUAUAUUUUGAAGCCAACCCAAGCUGCUGGUCGGUUCUCUGUGGAGCUGGUCCAAGGUCCUUCAGGUUUUGGUCUUACCUUAAGUGGUGGCCAUGGUGCAUCUGGGGAUGCUCCACUCAUUGUGCAUGGGCUGCUGAAGGAUGGACCAGCACAACAAUGUGGUCACUUGCAGGCAGGUGACCUUGUGCUCCAUAUCAAUGGAGAGUCAACACAGGGCCUCACUCAUGCCCAGGUUGUGGAUCGGAUCCGUGCUGGAGGCCCCCGGCUCCACCUGGUACUCUGCAGGUUUCAAGAGACCUAUGCCAAUAGGCUUGAGGGGGUUAGAACACAUCAGAAGAGAGAUCGUCCACAUCCUAGGGGGCGAGAGUCUCGAAGCGCCAUUUCCCCAGCUCUCCACUGGCCCAAGACCCAGGCCAGCCCUGAACCUAGUCCAGAGGCUGCUGAUGGCCGCAUGGUUCCCACAUCAGAGCAACCCACAGAGGACCUGAAUGACUACAUCCCGCGUUCCCCUGGGCCCUGGCUGCUGCCAAGCGAGGAGCGAGCGUCUUUGAGGGCCCUAGGGGUUCCAGGGGCCACACAGCUCGCUCAGGAGAUAGCAGCCGGAAGGCGGAGGCACUGAGCAUCAUCAGGCAGCUCUGCUGUGCUCACCUGGUGAAGUCCAGCCUGAAUCUAGCAUGCUGAUGGUCAAGCCCUAGCUUCUCCCACCGCUCAGUGGACUGACCCACACUCCCCUCAAGGUGUCAGUGGUACAGCCCCCCCCUCCCCCGCACUCGGUGUUGUUCCAGGCUGGGAGGUAAUAAAAUAUCUAGAUCCA